AGUUGAUUCCAUUAUUGAUGAAAGAAAAAAGCAGUCAACCCAUAGAUGCCUUCUUCCCCAAAACCAACUCUCACUGAUCAACAACUCAAAAAAGCAGCCAUUGAUAUACAGUACUGAUCAGUAAUCACUACAUCAGAGUCCAUGGCUACUUCAUCUUCCACUUCCUUCACCCUUCUUCAGAAUCCCCAAAUACCUCACAGAAAUGGUGUAGGUGGAGAAAUGAUAUGCUCACUUCUUACCUGCAGGACUUCUACUACCUCUCCACUGCAAAGAUCAGCAACAAGAACCAGCAGCAGCUACAAGGGUUUCAGAAAAAAGGAUUUUGUAAUUGUUAGGAAUGCUACUCCUGAAGCUGCUGGAGAUCUCUUCUCUUCUUUCCCCAUCCCUGGAUUCUCCCUGCCCGGAGACAAUCCAUGGAUUGCUGGGAUCGCGGGAUUAUUGGUGACCGUACCUUUCCUAGUCCAAAGGCUGUUGACAUUGACAAAGGAGGUUGAUAUGGCGGCGGAGACGGUGGAGAAGAUAGCGGACACGGUGGGUAAAGUGGCGGCGGAAGUUGAUAAAGCGGCGGAAGAGAUGGCGGAGGCGCUACCGGAAGGCGGGCUGAAGAAGAUGGUUAGUUUUGUAGAGGAUUUGGCUGAGGAAACAACGAAGGAUGCUCAAAUGGUUGAGGAUUUGAUGGAUAAGGUUGAAGAAUUGGACGACAAGCUGGACGCAAUUUUGAAGCAGCAGUCCAAAGGCACUGAUAAGGCCUGAAUUUUCAAAGUGGGAAUCAUGCAUUGGGGAUGCGACGUAAAGCGUUCGCUUCAAUCUACGGCUGAUAUAAAGCAAGAUCCCAUCGGAUUAAGCCCUACUUAUAGAUUAGUCCUUUCUUAAUAUUACCUUUUUCCUUUCUUGAUUCCCAUUGUUCAACCUAUUUAUGUGGUGUGUGGUUUGUGAAAACAUUGGUUUUUGUUCUUGGGUGUUUGGUUAAAUUUGUUUAAAUUUUCUUUAAAAUAUAUACACGGUCGUUUUUUCU